AUGGAAGAAUUUCGAGGAUUACAAAAUGAAAUUUAUUUCCAAGCAAAGGGACAAAGUAUUGCACUAGGCUAUUCGACAUAUGCUGGAUAUCGAAAGAAACGUGGCCUGGCAUAUCCAGGCCAAUGUCGAUGUGAUGCUGCAGCACCAUGUCCUCCAGGUCCACCUGGUCCACCGGGUGAGCCAGGAAUGGAUGGUGUUGAUGGAGAACGUGGACCACCAGGACCACCAGGAUUACCUGGUAAUUAUCCACCUGUAUAUGUGGAUAUCAAAGCUAACUGCCGUAUAUGUCCACGUGGUCCACCGGGUUUCCCAGGUCAACCGGGCCCUCCAGGAGAAGUCGGAGAAAAUGGCCCGCCAGGACCACCUGGAUACCGUGGUGAACCUGGACAUGAAGGUCAACCCGGUAGUCCUGGACCAACAGGUGAACCUGGUCCAAACGGCAAAAAUGGUGCACCAGGUUCAGCAGGACGAAGUGGCGUACGAGGUUCCAAAGGAGAACCGGGACCACCAGGAGCCAAAGGACCACUUGGACCACAAGGAUUUCCAGGUCCGGAUGGAAAUGACGGAAAUCAAGGCUUCAGCGGAACACAAGGACCACCUGGACCACCAGGUGAACCAGGACCAAAUGGUCCAUCAGGUUUCAGUGGUCCAGUGGGUCCACCAGGAGCACCAGGAAGUGAUGCAUCCUACUGUCCAUGUCCACCACGACGUACCACUGUUGCAUAA